CACACAUAGCUGAAAAUGUCAUAAAAUUCGUUUUUAUUAGUGAGUUCUCGAGGGUUGUUUCGUUUACAAGCAUUAGUUAUUAUCAAGUUACUUUUUAUUAUAUUUUGGUCGACAUUUAAUUUUAAAAUUAGACAUAUAUUUCCCUGUGGGAUAUUUCUUUAACGGUAAUUUUAUUACAAUGAAAAAUUUCGCGGUGUUCAAUUGUUGGACUGUGGUUCAUAAACAAUUAUUAGUAUCGAAAUACAGAUUAUAAAUUCAAUAAAAUUAUUGGUUGAAUAGAGGUGAUGAUUGGUGCACCUAACUUAAGGGGGCCUGGUUCAAAUGGUACUCUUUACAAUGGCAGUAUCAAAGCAUUUCAAUGUCAUUCACAGGGUGAUUCAGAAGCAACAAUUACUAUAACGUUAGUCAGUUUGGGCAUAAUUGCUAAUUCGGUGCUAAUGGCUCUCAUAAUAUUUAACAAACAUUUAAGAAGGUGGUCACAGGGUUUGUUAUUCCAUCAGGCCAUGGUGGAUUGCGCUAGAGCAGCUAUUUUAAUACCAUUAGCUCACAGUUUGCUCUACUGCGUACCAGUAAAAAAAUGCAGUUUAGUUGAAACAGCUUUCCUUCUACUCGUGACCGUCUCCACUAUAAACAUGUUAACAAUCGUUCUAAACGAUUCACCCGUAUUUCCGGAUGAUGACGAUGGUGACGGAUAUCAUGUUUCUUCAGUACCUCUACUAUUGGAUUCGCCGCAAUGUGUCGUAUUUGGCACGUGCAUGAUAUGGUUUGCGGCCAUUACCAUUAAUCUCGGACCGACAUUUAUGAGCGGUGCUCUGUCUGCCGGAGCUGAAGUGGCCAGAGAUCGUCCAGGUUGUCCAUUGGUACACGGCCCGUUUCGGCAUUACAUACUAAACGCACUUUGGAUAAUUAUAAACCUUCUUUGUGUAUUACUAACAUUGUUUCACUUACGCAAAUUGCACAGGGACCUCACUAAAGCUAAUGUUGAGGCUGUCAGGGUGGCAGGACUAGUUACAACAUUAGUUAAUGUCACCGGCGGCAAUAAUUAUUCUGAUCCUCGGUAUCCUUCUCGAAGAAGUUUAGGUGCGGUGGAAGAACACCAAAGGAUGCGAAACUACUUGUUGCGUAUUGAAAGAGAAGGCGUUCAAAAGGUCAAAAUGUUUGUGGUGAUUACUGCAGCGUAUGUGAUCUUUUGGGGACCGCUAUUUUUUGUUACGCUGGUGCAGCAUCCGUUAUCUGGCAAUCAUUCUGACUAUGAAGUAACACUCCAUGUGGCAAAUGGUCAUUCAUUUGUAAACGCCAUGUUGUUUUUGGUGUUGCACAAAGGUCUCAGACAGGCUGCAGCAGAUGCGUGCUGUUCUAGUAUGUCUGUUAUAGGAAAGUGGUUGACCGUGGGAUGGUCUCCGGAACCAUAUACUAUAGAUUCUGUUCUACCAGGAGCGUCUCCAGAACCAGUAUUGGCCGCACCUCCUCCACCACCUCCUUCUAGUUUACCAGCAUAUACAAUACAGCAGUCAUCGAUGAGGACACGAUCAAUGAAUAGAUUCCCCAUGCACCAUCGUCAAUACAGCCGGAACUACCAAGAUUAUCAUUCAUCACAUCCAAAUCUUCAAGACCUGUCGGUGAUUAACAUGAGCAGAUUGUAUAACAGUCAUGAAUACCUUCCCUUCAGACAUUACCAACAUCAUUACUACAACACUUACAGGGAAACUCCGACGUAUUCAACGUCUCCAGAAUGAUUUCCUUUUUCUUUUAUGGGAACACAAUUAAAUAUCUUUAAUUUCCUUCUUCGUCUAAUGAUUUCAUCAUGAAAUUAAACUGAUAAAAGUGUAAAACAGGAAAAUUAAAAUAAGAAAAAAAUUCUAGUAUUUGUGAAAACAAACCACACAUUGUAAAUACAACACUUACCGCGAAUUUUUACGGUCUAUAUGUUUUUUAUCGACCAAUAUCUUCCGUAACUAGUCAUUUCUUUUUUUUGUAAAUCUAAUAUAUUUUUUAUCGUCUUUUUUUACACAUCCUUUGUAUUCUGAACAAACUUCCUUUUUAUAUAUCUUAAGCAAUUUUGAUGUGUAAUGUUUCCCGGAAAUUGCUCUCCAGAAAUGUUACCCAUCCUCGCCCGUUUUCUAUGUAUUCCUACAUAUUUUAUUUUUAUAGUUUUAGUUGCCAAAAGCUACUUAUAAUAGAGUUAAAAACUGACUAUUGAAACUUUUUGAUAAUAAGUGAACACAUUUUAUGGAUACGAGCAUUAUUGAAAAAUUAACUUUAUAGUAUAAAUAUAUUCUAAACACGAAUACAUAAUAGCUGGAUCACUUUUCAUAGCUAAUAAGUACAUUUUCUCUGAAUUUCAACAGCUGCAACAGGUCAUUGUGUGCGUACUAUAAACCACGCAACACUAUACUUAUAGAUACAACUUAGUAAGGUUAACUGUGAAAGAUCGAUACACAUUAAAGCAGCAAGCAAACCAACGUGUGUUGGUUUGCGCAUUGGCUAAAGUCUGCAGUGCCAAACAACUAACAUACAAUCCUUAAACACUGAUUAAAUUUAAACAGCUAUUAAAUAAUAGUAAUUUUAUGUUUCUCUUUUAUUUUUAAAGUUUUCAUUGAAGAAUACUUCUAUAACUCUCUAUUUUUUUUUUCAAAAAAAAAAAAAAAUUAUAGAAACAAUUUAAAUUUUUAAAUGAGGUAAAAAAAUGAAUGAUCUGACUUGACUUCCAUGAAAUCAACCAUAGCCCCCUGAAAACUACAUGUAUUUUUAUACAGAAAUAUUUUUUUAAGUAAGAAAAUAAAAUUACACUUCCCAAACAUUUUGCUAAAAUUGCGGCUAUGAUAAACAUGUAUUCGACUGCAAUGGUCAAUGGGACAAAAAUGAAUUAGAAAUUUAUUUCAAAGAUUUUUAACUUAAUUCAUCAAAACUUUUCCAUAUAAAAUUAUCGUUUCGCACUAGGAGUACUUAAGUGCACAUAUCAAAGUUCGUGAUACAUGUCAUUUUGAUAUAUUUUAUAUAAUUUACUAUUCUCUAUCUCAAUAUGAAAAUAUCUAAUAUAAUAUUAUGUAACUUGAAUUUUAUUUAAAUUUUUUUACUUAAUUAUCACACAUGCUUUUUGAUAAAAAACAUUUAAUUUCCUCAAGUUUUCAUUCAGGAAUAGCAUGUAACAGGUCAAUUGUUAUCAACAAUGAGAACAAUAAAAUCCCGUUACCUUACUAACUGAACAUUGUCUAUAUGUUAUUACUUUAUUAUUAAAUAUGACUGCGUUAUUUUGUAAAAUUGUUACAAAGUAACAUAAUCAUUAAGAGCUAUAGGUCUCCGCAGUUUUCCAUAUAAACCACCACUAUUCAUAUCAAUAAUAUAUGUAUAAUGAAUAUUGUUUACCUAAUAAGACAAUAAAUAAUGAUCCAACUGUAAUUGAACUUGAAAAAAUAAAUAAAAAUAAUAAUUACUUUAGAAUUAAAUACAUUUCAAAUUUUCGUUAUACUAAGUAAUUAGUAGCAUGUAUUUUUAGUUUUUAAAUUUACAUUGUAAAUUUUUUUAAGUUAUUUCUGUAAUAAUUUAGCAAAACUUAUAAAAUGCACAGUUGUACUUAGAGAUAAAGUUGUUUUAAUUAAUAUCUUUAAAUUUCUCUGCACAGUCAGUUUAAUAUAGAUAUACCUAUAUUUAAGAUUUGAAACUAUUUUUGAGAAGACGCUAUGCCAGUAAUUGUGGUCUUUGAAUAUAUAAACAGAGUAGGACUGUAUAUAUUUAAGACGAAUUUCAUAUUUUAAACUGCACUUACUAAGCAUUUUCUUAAAAAUAAUAGAAUGGUAAAUUUCAAAAUUAAGAAAUGUUAAAAUUCUUUUCAAAUAGAUCUAGUUAUGUGAUCUGCUCACAUCGUUUUUUAUAUUUCCGGUCCAACCCAUUCCGAUUUUAUUAUCAAAUACACCGAAGAAUAAUUUUAUUGAUAUGGUUAAUGUAGUGACAUAAUAUAUAAAUAUAUAAGGUAAUUUUUUUUAAAUUAGUCAUUCGAUUUUUUUUUUAAUAAUAAUUAUGUUCAGAAAAUUUAUUUGGUAUUCUUUAUUAUUAUAUAUUUAUUGAUUUAUCAAUAAUUAAAUAUUUCUAAUUCAUCCCAUAUACCUAAUAAGGAUAUCGAUUUUAUAUUUUUUGAAUGGUAAAAAUAUAAUUAAGAAAUUUAUAGAAUAGAAAAUGACACAAAAUAACAAAAUGACUAAUCAUAACACCAUUAAAUUAAUACUGCGGAUUUUAUUAACAUUUUUAAUUUAGAGUGAAGGAAGAAUGCAAUAGAAUAAUAUGAAAAGAUAAAUUUAAAAUAACUCAUACCUCAUCUUCAUUCUAGUUUUCAAUUUGUUAUAAUACUCAUAAUAAUUGGUUAAAAUAUGUUAUCGCUAUUUAUUGUUGUAUGUUAUUUUCUAAAUAAUUAAAAUACAUAAAUAAUUUUUUUUUUUUAGCUAAUUAAUUUAAAAUAUUUCCAUUAAAAAAUUUAGUUAAAAAAAUGAUGCCCUAAUAACACAUAAGAAAUGAAUUGAAAAAAUAAUUAAUAAUUAAUAAACUGAAAAAUAUAUAAAAUAUAAAAAUACCAAAAAAUUGGUAUUUUUUUUUAUUAUUCAAUUGUAUAAUUUAGUUAAAAUUAAAAAUAUCUAUUAAAUACUAAAAAAAUAUUUAAAAUACUUUACUCAAAAAGGCACAAAAGAAAAAUUAAAAAUUUCCUAUACAUAAUUUGGGAACAAUUUUACCAUCAUCAGCGAUAUACACCUACUCACCAGAAAUGCUAAAAAUGGUAACAAUGGAACUUUUUUGUUGUAACCUCAAUUUGAUCAAAAAAUUAAUUUUGAAAUUUAAAAACAUUUUAACCCAUACAUAACAUUGUUAAAUUUAUAAACUCAUUAAACUGUUUUGUUACCCUAGUCAGUCUUUCAGAAAACCUUGUUAUAUUUAUUACAAUAUUCAAAAAUAAGGCUACUACUUUGAAAAAAAUUAACCUAUCAUUAUUUUUAAUAGUAUGGCCAAAUAACUGUUCAAUCUGAAUUAUUUUUAGCAUAUUAAAUACAUGAAAACACCUUUACUAAAUUUUUAGCUAAAUUGUUCAUUAUAUCCAAUACAAUAAGUCUCAUAUUAUUUUUCGCCUUGUGUAUUUUUGACAAAACAUAUAGUAUAGCUAUUUGAUUGUUUGAAAUUUUAAUGAAAAAUCUGAAUUUUUCUUCAAUUAUUAAUUAAUAAUUAAUAAAGGGCCGAUGUGGCAAAAUCUAAUGCGGCAGUGCUUGAACUGCCUCGGGCUCGAAACUAUGUCGCAGGUGACUUCAUUUGCCGAGCGAGGGAUUAGUUCGGUAAUUAGAGUCGCCAUCCUUCUCUUUAGUGACGGACUAAUCACCAGUCCUGGAAUAUCAAUGGUUAAGAAAACCUUCCCGUUGGAGAAAUCACUAUAAACCCUCUGGGCCUGGAUAAGCAUUAAAAAAAAAUUAUUUUUUAAUUAUUAACAACGUUUGUAGCCUCCAUUAUAGUUUUACUUAAUAAUCUAUUAAUCUAUCUAUUAAUAAACUUUCUUUUUAAUUUCAUUAUAGUAAUAUUAUUGAAUCAUUUGUGCAACCAUUGAAAUAAGCAUCAUUUUACAAUAUUACUAUAGAAUUCCCCUUAUUUGACUUUAAAUAAAAUCAGUUUUUUAUUUUAUAGGUCUUGUAUGAGCCGUGAAUAUUUUUUUCUAA